AUGCAGGUGUCACGAGAAUUGGAGCUAAACACUUUCUUAAAGCUCCCAUUGGUGCCUAGGACCCUUGCUGCGGGCGGUCAUUGCUCUGUUGCUGGCUCGCAAAACACGAUGGCAAGACCUCUGUCUGCGACUGCCAGAUGUGCCAGUACCGUUUCGCCGACCAAUCACCAAAUCGAUGACACUCUAGGCCACAUUGUCAGAACCCGUUCCCAGUGCGUCUUAGGAUCAGAUUUCCCAAUUACUUCAUACAAGCCAACUGCCUAG